AUGGGUGGGGACAACCACACUAGAGUCACAGAAUUCCUCCUCCUGGGACUGUCUGGCCAGUCAGAGCAGGAAGAGGUGCUCUGCGGGCUGUUCCUGUGCAUGUACCUGGUCACCAUCAUCGGCAACCUGCUCAUCAUCUCGGCCAUCAGCUGUGACCCUCAUCUCCAUACGCCCAUGUACUUCUUCUUGGCCAACCUCUCCAGUGUUGACAUCUGCUUCUCAUCAACCACAGUCCCCAAGAUGCUGGUGAAUCACGUGGUGGGGAGCAAGACCAUCUCUUACACACAGUGCAUGACACAGAUGUAUUUUUUUUUCCUUUUUGGCAACAUGGACGGGUUCCUCCUGAGUGUGAUGGCCUAUGACCGUUAUGUGGCCAUCUGUCGCCCACUCCACUACACCAUAAUCAUGAGGUCCAAACUCUGUGUCCUCCUGGUGGCCGUCUCUUGGGUCAUUACAAACCUGCAUGCUCUCCUGUACACUCUGCUCAUGGUUCGACUCAACUUUUGUUCCAACAACGCUGUGCACCACUUCUUCUGUGACCCCUACCCUAUCCUGAAGCUCUCUUGUUCUGACACCUUUAUCAAUGACCUGACUGCCUUCACUGAGGGGGGGUUGGUAUUUCUGACACCAUUUACAUGCAUUGUUGUUUCAUAUGCCUACAUCUUCUCUAAUGUGCUGAAGUUGCCCUCAGUCCAGGGGAUAAGAAAAGCUCUGUCCACAUGUGGGUCCCACCUCACUGUGGUCUCCCUCUUUUAUGGGGCAAUCCUGGGAGUCUAUAUGCAUCCUUCAUCCUCCUUCUCCAUACAGGACAUGGCUGCCUCUGUCAUCUUCACAGUAGUGACGCCACUGGUCAAUCCCUUCAUCUACAGCCUGAGGAAUCGGGACAUGAAAGCAGCCCUUAUAAAAAUAUUAUCCUGUCACUCCGCUAAGCCACAGGGAGAUGUCCAGGGGGCUGGAGACCCAGACGGGACUGUUUCUCCUGCUGGGCAUCACAGUGACCCGGGGCAGCAGCGAGUCCUCUUCUGGCUCCUCCUGUGCGUCUUCCUGGUCACUGUUGCUGGGAACACGCUCACCAUCCUGGCCAUCACCUCAGACCCACGCCUGCACACCCCUUUGAGGAACAAGGACAUGAAUCGGACUAUGGGAAGACUCCAGCAGAGGUGCCGCAGUCUCUGA